GGCAGCAAUAGCAGUCACACACGCCUGCCUACGGCUGCAUUCACACAGGCAGCCCAAGUCUGAUCUUUUUUUCACAUCUAAUUGGUAUUUUGACCAAUUUCAUCAGAAAUUUUCACAGCAGAUCUUUUUCAGAGCUGAUCUGAUUGGUCAAAUUACCAAUUAGUGGGAAAAAUAUCAGAAUUGGGCUGCCUGUCUAAACGAAGCCAAAGACACCUCAGGUGCCCUAUGCGAUAUUGGGAGGGAUGGGAUUUUGAAAGCAAUUUGCUCCAGCCUCCCCUCUGUUUUCACUCUAAUUCUACAGCCUGCACCAGGAGGGUUGAUACUGGCGGCUUGAGUGUUAAUUCGCCCAUGUAAAGCGACCACCGGAGCUCACCGCUGCAAUAACUAAACCUGUCUUGGCAGUAAGAGGAUUGGCUGACGCUCGGUUGCAGAGCGUGAACGGCUGUUGAGGAAGCGUCUCUCUAUCACGGACGAGCAUGUGAGCAAGUAGCCUACAGCUUUUGAUAGUAUCGUUUAAUGGCACCUUACGGUAUUGAAUUGGGAUCAUACUAAUUCAUAUCCUAGUAGGUGUCCAUUAGGCUAUCAAUUUAGUCACUGCGCGCAAGUGGUUGGUUUCGGUUAUGCUCAAUGGAGAGCAAACUGAUUCUUCACUCUGUCGGUAAAAGCAGUCAAGGUAUGGCUUUUUUUCUUAUUCACCUGCUUCUGCAAAUGGGAUUCGUCUUCGGAUCUAAUUAUGGGUAUGUGGAAUGGUCGGAUAACGAUAAAGACGCUGAAAUACGAUCGAAGAACCCCACUAUGUACAGCACUCAAAAUAUCAACAAGGAAUCGAUGCACCAUCCAACUUAUUACCCAGGACCCUUCACGGAGCGCACCAUUGUGGCGCACAAAAUCGAAGAGGACCUGCCUAGGGUGGUAACAGCUUUCCUGCACACGGGAGACUCGUCGGCUCUUGAACAAGUCAACUGUUCUAGGAGGUAUGAGUUGAGUAGCCUCCGCGGUGGAACCAAUGUGGCCUCAUACUAUUUUCUCCAUAGCGUGCUGGACACCAUGGCGCACGCAACCAACUUUCUGAACAUGAUUUUACAAGCCAACAGGUCAAGAGAGCACAGCCUUCGGAGGGAUAUUCACUGGUACCACGCACUGGUUCGGAGUAUUCUCGAGGGGGACCCCAAAAUUCACAGGGCAGUGGUUACAUUCCAUACUGAUGCUCCGACGCCGGGUCCCCAUCUUUUCCUUCAAGCAACAAGAACUGAAGGGGAAGUGGUUCUCCAGGACCUUUCCAACUCCGCUCACCACCAUCUCAAGAACAGGAGCCCGGAUUCUGAGUGGUUUAACGAGUUCAGGGACCGAAAAAAAACGUACAUGCAGAGAAGGGCGUCGAGCCGAGACCCUGUAGCCACUCAAAAUGGCUACAUUCUCGACAAAAGUCAAAUCAAGUGGUCUGCGCCUUACCUGGAAUGCGAGCAUGGUAAUUUCGUACCGCACUGGCUACUCACCUUGUCUGCAGGGUUCUAUGGGCUGAAGACAAAUUCCGCGCCCGAGUUCAGGGGUGUGGUUCGAGUGGACGUCAACCUCCAGGAUGUGGACAUUGACCAGUGCUCCAGCAGUGGAUGGUUUGCUGGAACUCACCGCUGUAAUCUGACCAGCAUGGAUUGCAAUCCCAUUGUCGGACAUGGAUUCGUGCUAGACAACUACAAGUGCCAAUGCCGGAGAGGCUUCUACCAUCCUAGCAGAGUGGCACUCAACGGCUUUACAAAGAGCGGUGGUCACGCUCACGGCGAGGACCCCUCGGAGGGGUCCAGUAGGUGUCUGCCGUGCCGUGAGGGCUGCCCCUACUGCCGGGAUGACACGCCCUGCCUGGCUCAGGAUGACGGAGCCCUCCGGCUUUCCGUAGCCUCCUUCCAGGGCCUCUGUAUGCUGCUGGACUUAGUGGCCAUGUUGCUGGUCUACCACUUCCGCAGGAACAAGAGGAUCCGAGCGUCUGGUCUCGUCCUCCUGGAGGCCAUCUUGUUUGGAGCCUUGCUUCUCUACUUUCCCGUGGUGAUACUGUACUUCAGCCCCAGCGUGUUGCGCUGUAUCCUCCUGAGAUGGGUGCGUCUCCUGGGCUUUGCCACUGCCUACGGAACAGUGAUCCUGAAGCUUUACAGGGUGCUGAAGGUGUUCCUGUCCCGUACGGCACAGCGGACGCCCUACAUCACCAGCUGGCGGGUGCUGCGUCUGCUAGGGGUCAUCCUGCUGGUGGUGCUGUGGUUCCUGGUGGCCUGGACCUCGGCCGUGUGUCAGACACCUGACCGGACGUCGGCCCUCAUCGAUGUGGGCCUCACCCCCGACGGGCUGCAGUUCAGCAUGUGCCUGCUGGACCGCUGGGACUACAUGAUGGCAGUCGGUGAGUUGUGACGGAAGUGUGGACCUCUUGUUAAUACCCCUAGUCAAUAA